AUGGACUUGGACUUGGGGAUGCUGGUGAAUGAAAAAAUGGACUUGCUGCUUUCAAACAGCUGUAUCCCAUUCCUGGGCUCAACAGAGGGGCUUGAUUUUCGAACCCUGCUGCUAGAUGAGGAGAGGGGCCGGCUGCUCGUUGGGGCAAAGGACCACAUCUUCCUGCUCAACUUGGUUGAUAUAAACAAAAAUGUAAAAAAGAUUUACUGGCCUGCAUCAAAAGAAAAGGUAGAAUUAUGCAAAUUAGCGGGGAAAGAUGCUUAUACAGAAUGUUCCAAUUUUAUCCGUGUUCUUCAGCCAUACAACCGGACCCAUGUUUAUGUCUGUGGCACAGGAGCAUUUCAUCCUCUUUGUGGAUACAUUGAACUUGGAACUCACAAAGAGGAAAUGGUGUUCCGUUUGGAUACCCAGAACCUGGAGUCUGGCAGGUUGAAAUGCCCCUUCGAUCCCCAGCAGCCGUUUGCUUCAGUGAUGGCAGACGAGUAUCUUUAUGCUGGAACAGCUUCUGAUUUCCUUGGCAAAGACACUGCUCUGACACGUUCUCUGGGCCCUUCUCACGACCACCAUUACAUCAGAACUGACAUUUCUGAACAUUACUGGCUUACUGAUGUGGCAACACUGGCCCUGGCUCAGGAUGCCUGUGUAACUAUUAUGGGUGCAGUGUAA